UAUUUAAUAUAUAUUUAUUAUUUCAUAAUAUGUAAAAAUAUUUAAUACAUAAAAUAAUUUAUAUAUAUAAUGUUGAUCCCGCGCAAAGCGCGGAUCUUAACCUAGUGUUUAUAUAAUUCUAAAUAUGAUUACUUACAAAUUUUGUUUUUAUUGCAAAGAUAUUCUGGGACAAUGAAAAGUGGAAGGAUUUUCUAUUCAUUGGAAGGAUUUAGAAUGGUGAAGCCUACAAGUAAAAGUUACUUGUAACUAUUUUUAAUAUUAUUCUAGAAUAUGAUUUCAAAAGAACAAUAAGUAAAAUCCAUGACUUUAUUUUUAUAGCUACAGUGGAACGAAGUUGCAAUAAUUCCAAGACCUAAAUAGCAUCAUUACCGGUUUGUUCUUAAACUGAGUUUCUAAAGAUUAUUAUAAUAGUUUAUUCAAAUUAUUUAGUUGUAUAAUCUAACUAAUACUAAAAAGGGAUAUAUAAGGAGUAGCCAGACUGUCCACAUAGGACAAUAAAAUUAGCCAAUUAGAGGAGUAUAUUUUGCCGUGUCACAUAGCCAUGUCACUUGGUUAUCUUGGGCUUACGAUUCUGGUUAUCAUAGGCUUGCGAUUCCAUCUUCUGCGGUUUUUCAUAACCAAUCGUGUUGAUAUAAUGGGCCUGAAGCCCCGUUACACCAUCAAAAGUAAAUCAGACAACAAUUCUUCAUCGCUUUCUCUUCCUCUUGUUCCAUCAGUUUCACGAUCUCACCUCUAAACAAUCAAUACAUCCUCCACUUCCUCAUCCCUUUACUCUCAUUUAUGGAUUCGUUUUGGUUUUCCCCUACAGAUUUUUUUUAUGAAGCUCUUAAUCAGAGUCUUAUUUCGAUUAAGUUUCCUAAAAAAUUUCCACUAAUACAACACGCAAUGAGUUCCAACGGGAAAUCCGCAUUAUCUGGUGAUUCCUCCUCGGAGAAACCAAAAGGCGUUCAGGCUGAGUCCUAUUCCAUCGACACACCCUGUGUCUCUUCCAGCCACUCAAUCGGCGACCCCUACUCGAAGCAAGCCAAAGUAGUAGUGUCGGUCUCCUCCGGUCUGACCAAACUCUGCGUACCUGAUUCGAAGAAACCAUUAUUGUUUCUUUAUGAAAUUAUGUGAUUAAUAUAGAGUCCGUUUGACUUUCAUUAAAAAAAAAACACAAAUCUGAAGCUUUGAGGUUUAUGACACUAAAUUACUUGAAGUGUGCUGUGUAUUGUGAGACACGUUAUUGAGAUGUGGAUUAUGUUUUUUGUACUUUAAUCCGAUCUUAAAUGAAAGACUCCAAGAACAGUUGUGUUGGGAAUAGGAAGACUUUAGUGAAACUUGUAGGUGAGAGCAGCAAUGAUCUAGCUAACUAACUUUCUUCAGCUCUCAUUGAUGAUUAGAACAUAAUAACAUAUAUCGAGUCACUGUUCACUUGGUUGUUUUAUUGUCUAUAGUCACUAAGACAGCUCUUCAUUUGUUGACUUUUUUUUACUAACAAAUGUCUAUUUGCUUGUAGCCGUGAGAUGUUUGAUAAAUGGGAAGCUCAAAAAUGGUGGGGUGAGAAUUUCGAGAAGGUCAUGGAGUUCUACAAUGUGCAGCAACUUAAUCAGCAGAGUGUCCCUGUUCCAACCGCUCCUCCUAGAUCCAAAUAUGAGAGCUGCAGCAAGAACAGUCCUGCAACUCCACCUCUAAACAAAGAAUGUCCUGGAGGAAAAUGCUUACUCACGGCUAACCAAGCAAGAACACAAGCACAAAGUCGGUACCACCGUGAUUCGUCUGGUCUUGCAACAACGCCCAAGCUUUCUAGCAUAAGUGGGACCCGAACCGAGACAUCAUCGGUUGAUAUGUCUGCAAGAAGUAGUGGCUCAUCAAGGGAAGAAGAAGAAGAAGAAGAAGAAGAUGGAGAUUAUUCAAUGGAGGUCUCGGUAAGUAAUGCAAGUGACAUGGAAACAGAAUGGGUGGAACAAGACGAAGAUGGUGUUUAUAUCACAAUCAGAGCUUUACCAGCUUCAUAAGCCUUUUAGGUAACCUAAUUGGCUUGACUAAAGAGCAGAUAGAUGAUCCAAGUCUAUAUCACAUCACUGUUCAGAAGAAGAGUGAGACUUCAGAGGAAAAUCAGAAGAAGAAGAAAAGCAAGAUCAGGGAGGGAAAUCAGAAGAAUAAGAGUGAGACUAUAUAGGGAAAUCAGAAGAAGAAGAAGAAGAAGAGCAAGACCAGGGAAGGAAAUUAGAAGAAGAAGAGCAAGACCAGGAACAGAAAUCAGAAGAUGAAGGGAGUAGAAAUCUCUUUCUGAGGAGAAGACAUGCUCUUCAUGAUAUUAAUAACUUGUGUGCAAUGCAACCCUUCUUUUCUUUUGUCUAGAUAUUAAAUGUGGUAUGCUGUUUUUGUGUGGAUGUUUAGCAGCAACUCAAGACAGAUCAAAAUCUACAUUCCAGCAAUUUGUUCACAGCUAUUCCUAUAGUGGAUCAAAAUCCAAUCUUAUAUACGCAUCGAAUAUUCUUGAGGUUUUUCAA